UUUUUUUUUUUUGGCUUAUACGAUACUGGUAGGACUCCAACUUUUUUUAAAAAUUUUCAACAGAUAGGAUAUUACAGCACUAUUGUUUUUUUUAUUUUGCAAAUGUAUCAAUAAAAAGGUAUUUCAAACCUUUAAUUCAAAUUUUAAAACUUAUCUAUCUUACAAACAAUAUUAUUGAAUUGCAUGCAUGCAAAAUAUUUCAUGUCCAAGUUGAAUAUACUACAUAAUACAAUGUGCAAUAAAAUAUUGGACCUUAGAAAAAGAGGGUGUUGCACGGAAGCAGUAUCAUUCCCUUAUCGGAGCUUUGUGCCUAGUAUUUAAACACCAGUGACGUAGAACUUACCUUCAUUCAUAUUUAAACUCUUAUUACGUAUUUGCCAUUUUCAUACCUCUGGGAUUCCCCAGUAAUAAGGACAAGCCUAAAAUAUUUUAUGUUUUCGUACAUAUCUAGUCUAAACAAAAUUUCUGAAUUCGUGAAAAUUGAAUUGUUUUAAUUUUUCUGAGUAUUAGACACAAUAUAUAGGGUUACGAGUGUAUCAAAUAUUUAAUACUCUAUAACAGUACUACAGUUUAAAAGCUUUUAUCUCCCAUGCACUAUUUUCUACAAUCAUCUGUACAUAACUAUAACCACAAAACAAAAUAUGGGAAGUACGCAUUAAUAAAGUUCAACAAAAUUCCAAGUACAUGCACCUGAAAACAUUGAUUACCAUAGCAAUUUUCUACUGGAAUACAUAUUGUCUUAUCCAUUCAAACUGUUUAACAGUUAUUAACGCUGUUUGACAUUUUUCUUUCAAAGCUUUAAAACCUAAGAAUUCUCGUCAACAGCUUUGACUUUUAAAACACAGGUAUCACAUGCUGUGCUGUGUUCGGCGUGUUUGUUGCGACUCCCAUUCACAAACUAACAGUGGUUGGAAUUUCAUUUCAAACUCGGCACAUUGUAAAUGUGUUUCAAUUAAAAAAAUAUAUAUAGAUGGAAAACGUAAUAUUGAAAAAAAAAAACCUUCGUACAGGUGAAGUUGAAAAUAUUAUCAGUAAAAUCGUUUCGAUUUUUUGAAAUUUACAACAACAAAAAUGCCCCCGUGAAACAAAAUUUCAAAGUGACAGUUUUUUUAGUGGAAAACUCGAAGAACAUGUUCAUGCUAAAUUCAAUUUGUUUCAAGAAGGCAGUUUUUCUGAAAUUCGGGGAUAUCUCUCUAUUUUAACGCUAAAAAUCGUAUAAAUCGCUUUUUUUAUUGCUUGAUUUAAACUCAACUUAUUUUGGCCAAUUCUUGUAAAUACACGUCUUUUAAACUUAUUUUCAAAAAUGUUUGAAUCAAGAAAUAAGUUCCAAUUGAUUUUAUCACAUAUUUGAUUAUCUUUAUUUUAUCGAUAUCUCACGCAACACCUUUAGGGAAAUUAACAUGAGACUUUGCAACACCUUCUUUGAUAUGAAAACAUGUAAUUAAACAUCACAAAAUAAGUACAUGUAUUCACCUGUGAAUAAAAUUGCAAAAAUUACAUGUAAGUUUUGCAUUGCGUUUGGAUUUCAAUCAUAGAAAAUGAAAAUUUAAAUGCCUGUAUCGAUCAUGUUGGUCAUAUAUGUAACUUGAAGGUAGGAUACAGGCCAGAAUUUAACUAAAGUCUAAUUAACACAUCUUUAAUGAUUAAAUAUUUGAUAGAAAAUACUGAGAAGUGAAAACAGUAACUUAAAAAUAUGCAAAAUGCAACACUUUAAACAACAAUUUAAAAAAAAAGAAAGAAAGAAAAGAGUUGAAAAUAAUGAGAUUUGUAAAACUUCACUAGACAAAUUACUGUAUGUGAUCAGUAACAAUGAUAAUGAAGUAAAGUUGUUUAAUCAUACAUACAUAAGUAUGUAUUUAUUAGAUAGGAUACACAACUUUCAUUACACAUCGUAUAGGUCUAUAGGACAGCAACUUGUUUUGUAUUUUUAGAAGAUAGGACAUAGGGUUUUUUUCCUUUAAAUGGUAAUAUAGAUUAAGAAUGCACCGGUCCCAAACCCCCAAUAAAUAUAAGGCUUAAAACAUAGUAUGAUUUAUAGUCUAUAUUCAUAAUUUAUACUUAAACUAAAUAAGUACAUGGGAAGGGGUGUCUUAGUUCUAUACAUCACGAUAUGGACACGAGGGGAAAAUGUUCAAGAUUUAGAAGUUCUAAAUUUUAAAACAUCACGUAGCCAACGAAUGCACACAUGUCAAGCGUCAGGUGUGCGUUUUGUGCAGAGGAUACUGAUGUUUAGGCCUAUAUCUACACUCAAUGAAAUAGUAUACGUGUGUAUUUAGCUGGUACACUUAAAGAUAGUAGCAUGUUAUAAUCAAAGUUCAUAAAAUGAUUUAAAAGUGACCCCUUAUUUAGCCUUUUCUGCACUAGAUCUACAUCUAUCUAUUUAUUUUGUACUCAUGAACUUGUAAUCUGCCAAGCGUCUUACUGACUUAGAUUGCAUGGAAAAAUUUGUAAACAGCAUGAUGAGGUCAGACCGGUGAACGUGAUCGACUAGAUUUCUACUGUCAUUUUGGCAGACAACAUGUGGAGGGUAGGAAGUAAGAAAUUUGUAUCGAGGGGAGUGUACGAUUACUUUAUUCAAAGUACAAGAUGUACGGAAUCGGCACGAACAUUUUCUUGUGUGUCCACCACAUUUGGUCAUGAAUGUCCGAAACCGGUGACCCAGAUAUUGGACAGUAGGUCAAAUUCUGUCGGACACAGUAACAGUGUUUUACAGAACGUGAGAAAUUUUACCGUGUCUAUGGUUCAUCAAAACCAAGCCGCCUUAUCGUCAACUUCCGACAGUGAAUCUGCUAAUGAACUUGCCCCACAGGGGAUUCAGGGGGACGAUUGUGUGAACUUCAAGUUAUGGAUGGAGAGUUGUCAGAGGUACGGAUUGCCUGGAUGUGAAGAUCAAGCCAACCACAUAGUGUCUGGACGCAAAACCUUAUCCGAAAUAUUCCACGAGCAAGAUCAGAUGAUACGGGAUAUUGCUAGAAAUUAUUCACUCAUUAAAAAUCAUGAUAAACCAGAUGUUGACAAACAAACCCCACUCCAGGGUGUGCAAGGUGAUUUUGAGUACUGUGGACCGUUUGAUUCAUCUGCUAGCUGCAUUCAAGGAGUUCAAGGCCUCGACAUCUUGCAUAGUUUGGUAAAUAUAGCGUCUCCCCAAGGAAUUCAAGGAGAUGAGUGCAUUCAGUUCAAACUCUGGCUCGAAAACUGUCACCGAUUUGGAAUUAGUGGUGAAUGUGAGCAACAGCUCCAUAAUAUAAAAAAUGGUAGGAAAACAUUAGCACAAAUAUUUGAAGAGCAGGAUAGACUUAUUAGAGAAAUCGUGCAGGAUUACAGAUCUAACAGAGUUGAGAAGGAAGCCAGCUGAGUUUUGAAUACUGUGGUGUUUGUACUUUCUGAUGUUGAACUUAUCAACAAAUGAGUUAAAUACGAAUUUUUAUUUAUUUAUAAAUAUCAUUGUCAUAUUCAUGAACCAUGGUGCAAUAUGAGUUUAAACUGUACUUUUAAUUAUCGUUAUUGAUCAUCAUUUUUUACGUAUUGUAGAUUCUUCUUUAAAAAUGACAUUCUUCAUGUUAAAAUUCAUUCGCAAAACUCGUGAUGCACUAAAUGCUAUCAGCACAUUGUUGUGUAGACGCAUUCAGGAAUAUGUAUAUUGCUUGUUUGUAAAUAUCACUUCCAUGCUACACAUGUCAGUUAAAUACUUAUGUACGAGUACAUGUACGUAAAGCAAUGUCAAUCGUUAAACCCAGUGUUAUAGGAUUAUUGAACUUGUACUGGUGAAUAAUGAUGCAGGUUGCGUCUAAAGGUUUUCUAGCUUGCAAGCAAAAUAUUUACAUCUGAUGAGUGCCAAUAUUCACCAAUAUUAAUUCAAUAAUUCCUGUAUUAGUAUAGCUAAAACAUAUCGUUUAGUUGUUUCAUGUUGAUAAUUUAGAAAAGGAAGCAUUAAUAUAUAUUGGCACUGAUAGUGAUAGGAAUGCAUGCAAUAUUUGAGUUGCCCAUAUGUGAAUUUGAUGUUCACUCAUUUGCAUUGAUCAAUGAAGUUAAAUGUUUCAAAUUAUGAAUAACUUAUUCUGGUCCUUGAAUAUAUAUAAGGAUAAGUAAUUGAUGCUUUAUAAUGGAUAAAUUAUUCAAACCGGUUACCACAACAACUAGUUUGUCACCUCUGCAUACAUCUAGAGUGCAAUAAUGUUAAGUUAACCUGUACACUAAACAAAAUGAUGGGUGGUUCCUAUUAUUUAUUGAAAAGUUAGUAUUUAAUAAUGACCUAGAUAUUGCACACUAAAAUUUUCAAGAAUUCAGGAACAUUAUAUUUCUAACAUAAUAUUGGCUAUAUAAUGAUUACAUUUACUAAGCCAAAGGUUUAAAGGUUUAAACUCAUUUGUUUUGUUUAUUUGUACAUGUGUCUGUUUGUUAACUUGUUGCUAAAAGGAUUCCAAAAAAAUGUUAUGCAUGGAUUUCAAUAAACUUUUCAUGACUGACA